AUGUCUUCUCGCCAGAACAUUACUCGCACCUCCGCUAAUGAAUCGCGCCGCGGCGAAGACGAUCGACCUCAGCUCCCUAGCAUCCAGGAGCUGUUUGGCUCGGAACUUUCGCAGAGACCUCGCCCGGCCUCCUACUCUACUCCUUCUCCUUCCAUACCUUCGAUGCAAUACAACGAGCGCGGGGAUCGCGUCGGCGAUCCUUCGCGCGCCGCCUAUAGUCACGCACCUCACGGACAUGGACGACUGCAAGAGCCUCCGAACUCGGGCUCAUCGCGUCAUCCCGGUGCAGUGUACCCAGGCGGUUCUCCGACUUACGCUUCUGCCCCUCCGGGGCAUCACUCGACCGACCGAGGAUGGUCUCACUCUCAUUCAAGAGCUCUUGAUGCUCGUCACGCCCCGCCUCCGCCCCCGCUCCCUGAGCAAGGGCGGUAUCAUCAAAACACAGCCUACAGCAACGACCCUUCGCGUUCUCGGGAUCCUAGAGAUCCACCCUUCGGCGCCCAGCGCGCCCCUCCACCACCCGCGUACCAUACGCAGCGCAUGGCUACGCCAGCGCCACAACCUUCGUAUUCAACCGCUUCGUAUCCUCGAGGGAUGCCAACCAUCAACAUAGACGCUGGACCAUCCAGUUACGACCCAAUCACGGCUCAUUCCUCUCGCUACGAGUGUGAGUAUUGCGGCAAGGGGUUCACCCGCCCCAGUAGCCUCAAGAUACACAUUCAUAGCCACACCGGAGAACGCCCCUACAAAUGCACAUUCGGGGGGUGCGAGCGCACGUUCAGCGUGCUCUCAAACAUGCGCCGGCACGCACGCACGCACCAGCACCCGAAUGCGGCGGACGUGCAGGAAACGUCCGAGGACGAUCAAGACGAAGGCGAGGACUCGCCCACGGCGUCUGGCAGCGGCCGUGGCCGCCACGGCAGCUCGUCGGGCGGACGCAGUAACUGA